AUGGACGGAAGAAGGGGCAGAGAGCAGUACAAUGGUGGUACUAAUCGUCCACAAUUCGAGUUCAUAACUGUGUCCGGAACAAACAUACGUGGCGAUAGCGAAACUCGGAGGAGAGUCAGAAGCCGAGCGCAAGCUGACUAUCGUCGGCGCAAUCCUCCCCCUCCGCGCAAUGCUCUCACAGUUGAUCUUGACGUCGGAUCCUGGCUUCAGAGUUUAUCGCGCGAUGCAGCUCUUAGGCCGGGGCAGUACGCUCCGCUGCCGAUGGCCUUACAGUCAACAUCGCAGACCAUCGAAACGAUCCAGAUGAGCCCAACAGAUCAUGAUACCACGUAUGGAAGAGAUGGCGCUGGCAUCUUCUUAUUGAUACCUCCAGAUCAUCGGCCGCGCGCUCGCCAAUUAUGGAAUCAUUUAUAUGGAGGGGGCUGCGUUAUCUUCAAGUCCAUGAUCGAAAUUGGAUUUCUCGACAUUUUGCACGGAAGCGCAUCGCUUACGCAAAUGCUAUCAUCUUCAGCGUGGCACAGGAAACAGCUGAGUACUGGGGACCAUGAGAGCAGCAUAGAUUAUGCGAGAUACUCUCUCAUGGCCACGAGGGCCUUACGGCUACGCCUAGAUGAUCCUACCCAACGAGCCAGUCUCGAGACUAUCAUAGCAAUUCUCACAUUUGCCGCAUUUGCAAAUCUCACAAGCAAUUCGCAGCUCAUCAACGUGCAUCUUGACGGACUCACUCACGCGAUUAGUGGAGUUGGUGGUCUAAUCAUGCUCCAGCAAUUACCCGUCAUUUGGCUGAUGAUGUAUUGGAUCGAUGUUCGCGGCGGUUAUCUUCAAGAUACAAAACCGCGAUUUCCUCAACCUUAUGGCAUCCUGUUAGCGGAAAGCAAACUUCGGAUCAACUCGAUGCCCUCGCCAAAUUUCCCCAACAGCAACAGUACCUUGGUUGAAGACCCAGCUGUGGCACACAUCUUCGACGCCAUUCAACAAGUCACUAAUAUCAUCAAUUCGGAAGCAGAGGCCCUGGGUCAUGCAUUUUGGCGAACCGUUCUGUUUCCUGGCUUCCAUUUUGCUCCGAUCUUGCAUGACCUAUUGUCGUUACCGCGGAACACAAACGGCAUAGCCAGUCGAUUCUCAAAACGCCGGGAGUGCUUCCGGCUGGCUGGCAUUCUCUACAUCAGUGAGCUUCGAGGGAAAUUUGGGAUGGACAAUACUGGGGCUACAUCUUUCGCAUACAAGCUAUUACUGCUGUUGAAGAGCCGUGAGAUGUUCGUCUCAUGGGAAAGUGACAAUUUUUUCCUACUUUGGGCAUUAAUCAUUGGAUCUGCCUCAUUAUGCAUACCCGAACCUCUACGCCUCGAGUUCAUGGAACUAUUGUCAGAGUAUUCAUCUGUUAUUGGAGCUUAUUCUCUUCGAGAUAGUCUCCCGACUGUGUCUGGGGUGCUGAUUUGA